UGCGCACAUAGUGAGUCAGAAGUCUUUGGUCUCUGAUGAAGAGAAGUGGGGGAAAGGCACUAAAAUAGAAUCAUUUCUGCUUUUUGUAAUUUCACUCCGAUUUUGCUGCUUUGCCCGGUUUAGAAGAUGCCAUUUCUAGGACAGGACUGGAGGUCGCCUGGGCAGACCUGGGUUAAAACUGAAGAAGGUUGGAAAAAGUAUUCGGACGAAAAAAACAAUAAUGUUACAGAACUAAAAGGCUGCUGUAAAGAGGAGGAGCUAUAUAAGAAAAACAUGUUUCUGGCCAUGAGUUAUGAUGUGGUUGCAAAGAAGCGCAAGAAAGAUCUUCUGAACAACAACACCAAGGUUCCUUAUUUCCACAAAGACAAAUGGAUCUAUGUCCACAAAGGAAGUACCAGAGAGCGCCAUGGGUACUGCACUCUCGGAGAGGCCUUCAACCGCCUGGACUUCUCCAGCGCCAUCAUGGACUCCAGACGAUUCAACUACGUUGUGAGGCUGCUGGAGUUGAUUGCCAAGUCCCAACUGCCGUCCCUGAGCGGUGUGGCACAGAAGAACUACAUGAACAUUCUAGAAAAAGUAGUGCAGAAAGUGCUGGAGAACCAGCAGAACGUGCGGCCCAUCAGAGAGCUCCUGCAGACACUCUACGUGUCCCUUUGCAGCCUGGUGCAGGACAUGGGCAAGUCAGUGCUGGUGGGUAACAUCAACAUCUGGGUCCACCGUAUGGAGAAUAUCCUGCUUUGGCAGCAACAGCUGGACAACAUCCAGAUCAACCGGCCAACAUCCAAAGGCAUGACACUGACCGACCUGCCAGUGAGCUUGCAGCUCAACAUCAUGCAGAGGCUGUCAGAUGGGCGGGACCUGGUCAGCCUGGGUCAGGUGUCCCCAGACCUUAAUGACCUCGCUGAGGACCGUCUGCUGUGGAAGAAGCUGUGCCAGUAUCACUUCACCGAGCGACAGAUUCGCAAGCGUCUGAUACUGACCGACAAUGGCCGUUUGGAUUGGAAGAAGAUGUACUUCAAACUCUGCAGAUGCUACCCUCGUAAGGAGCAGUACAGCGACACUCUGCAGUUCUGUACCCACUGUCACAUCCUCUUUUGGAAGGACACAAACCACCCCUGCACUGCCAACAACACGGAGAGCUGCUGCAUUGCUGUAUCUCCCCAAGGUUUCAUCAACCUCUUCAAAUACUGAGGGGGAGGGGCUUAUGACACUGUACAAAGUAUUCAUAGUGCAAUUGAUUCCUGAAUGCCUUGAGAUUUGGGAUUUUAUUUUGGGGGGAGGGAGGGGUGACUCAGCAAAGGGGGUGGGGUGAAUGUGACAGAUGGAUAAAUGCAACGUCUGGGAGAGAAUGUUUUGGGAGCUCUGGAUGUGUUGGUAUGAUUCAAAGAGCUUUGCGCCAAAAAAUAUGUAGAUGAACAAUUAUUUUUCUUUUGGUAAAUGUGCCGCUGUGUUUGACUCUCUUGAGCAUAUAAACUGCUCAUUUGUUGUAACAUUGUAAGCAAAUAUCGGCUUCUUAAAGAGGAUCAUUUAAGUCGUAUGUUUUUUUUUCCAUGUUAAUAGGAAUCGUGUGUUAAAACCUAAUAUGUUAAUGGAGCAUUUGAAGAAUUUUCUGUGCUCUUUGCAAAUAUUUUAUAGCUUUUGACCUGGGUGUUGAGGCUUUAUGUGUUAAGAUAUGACUCAGGAUGUGUGUGUACAGAUGGACUUUAUGGUCACUGAUUUGGGAUUGUACAAUUUUUUUUUUGUAUAUAUAGUAUUCUCUUUUCCACUUUUAUACAUUUUGGAGUUUAUGAUUUGUAUUUUCAAAGGCUCUUUGAAAGUGUUUGUAUAAACAUGUUUGCUUGUAUAUUCUGUGCAAUAUUGCAGCAUUUUUUGAUGGUACUGGCCAAGUCGGGGUUCAGAACAUUUCUCGUUCCGAGGCGCCCUCAGCGAAAGCCUAUCGAGGGAAGGAAAUGUUCUGUCCGUUUGUUCAUGGAAGCACAAAUCAAACGCUCCAACCAAAGUGCAGAAUGUGAAGAGGCUUGUAAUACACGCCAGCACUCAUAUUUUUAUCUCUCUUUUUUUCACUGUUACAAAACUACAGAUUUUGUUAUAGGCACCUGCAUGGUCAAAAUUUGUAUUACUGAAAUGUUUUGGUUUUUUAUUUUCCUGCUUGACGCACAGACCAGCACUAAGGUGAAUGAGGGCGUCUUUGGAUAGGAACGGAUGUAUCUUCAUGGUGACCGUACUGUUGAGCUAUGCGGUGCUGGGAAGAGGGUUUGUGAUUUAUUGGAUAAAUAAAUCGCUUAAUAAUA